GAUCGUCGCAUAAUAAAUGCAUGUAACUUCACACCGAUUUUAGACGAGAAACGGUGGCACGGAACAGGGGAAAAAGAGUUUUGAUGGAUUCUAAGCUUGCACAGUUAUAACGCAGCCUAGAUCAACAUGGAGAAAAUCAUCACUUUGAUCAUAACCAUCGCUCUUGCCGGCUCGCUAGGAAAUAGCUAUAACAUCACGACGGGGACUGAAAAGCUGAUAGUAGAAAUAGGAAAGAAUGGAUCUUUCACAAUCACACCAAAAGUGGACCUUCAAGAAACUGCACAGGUUGAGCUUUUCAAUGAUAAAUAUGAAAUAGCGAGCAUACCAUCUGAGGUGGAUGUACCUUCAAACAGUUCAAGCUCGGUGUCUAUCACUGUCUCCAGUCUUUCCGUCGGAGUGUGCCACAUAUCUAUGAACACCACAUCUUUAGAGCUAGGAGACUUGUCAGGACUGUUUGUGGAGGUUAAUGUGGUCCAGAGCAGUGCAUUGUCCAUCGUUGUCAUAGUGGUCGGCUGGAUCUACUUCCUUGCUUGGUCUGUCUCCUUCUACCCUCAAGUCAUCCUCAAUAUCAAGCGAAAAAGUGUAAUUGGCUUGAACUUUGACUUCUUGGCUUAUAAUAUUACUGGCUUUGUAGCGUACGGUGUCUUCAAUGUGGGCAUGUACUGGAUAGAACCAAUAAAGGAUGCAUACAAGGCAAAAAAUCCAUAUGGUGUGAAUCCAGUGUUAUUGAACGAUGUCAUCUUUACACUACAUGCUGUGUUGAUUACAGCAAUCACCAUAUUCCAGUGCUUUAUCUAUGAGAGAGGUAAACAGCGAGUGUCCAUCAUAAGCCGCGUCAUCCUAGCUGGAAUGUGGCUCUUUGCGCUCAUCACACUGAUCAUCACUGCUGCAUCAAGCGGUUCCGUCAUCACGUGGCUGGAAUUCAUCUAUUACUUCUCCUAUAUAAAGCUCGGAGUGACUCUCAUCAAAUAUAUUCCACAGGUCUACAUGAAUUACAGGAGAAAGAGCACAGAGGGUUGGAGUAUCGGCAACGUCUUACUAGACUCUACUGGAGGAUCGUUCAGUUUGCUGCAGAUGUUUCUCAUCUCCUACAAUAAUAAUGACUGGGCCUCCAUCUUCGGUGACCCAACCAAGUUUGGCCUGGGUGUCUUCUCCAUUGCUUUUGACAUUAUCUUCAUCAUUCAACAUUACGUACUCUACCGUGACCAGGCACCCACGGAUUCAAGCGGUGAAGACAAGCCCCUGAUGAAAAACGAAGAAUAUACCAGUUCUGGAAGUAUCAUCAAUGCUCAAUAGUCCAUGGAUUGAGCAUUGAUGAUACUUCCAGAACUGGUAUAUUAUCAUCAAUGCUCAAUCCAUGGACUAUUGAGCAUUGAUGAUACUUCCAGAACUGGAAUCCCUCGCAACCGGCUCCAGUGAGACUUGGCCUACCUGGCUAAGCCUCAACCGCCUAAGAACUGGCUACGGUCGAUGCAGAGUCCUAAUGCAGAGGUGGGGUCUAGGAGACGAACAAACAGCAUGUGAAUGUGGCCAGGAACAGACAAUGGAACACCUGCUAGUCUGCCCACUCCUGCCAGAGCCAUGCACCCAAGAUGACCUGGAAGCCGUUAAUUGCCGUGCCAAAGCCUGU